AUGCCCCAUAAAGACAAGAAAAAUGUUUGGCCAAGGGCUACCCAGUCGUGGGAGCGGAUACACGUUGACUUCUUUGACUUUGAAAAUAAGAUUUAUAUACUCAUGGUAGAUGCUUACUUAAAGUGGGUGGAGUACGAAGAAGUAAUGGGACUAACGACGCAAGUGGUAGUGAAAACGUUAAAAAAUCUAUGGGCCAGGUUUGGAGUAGCUCGAACGAUAGUAUAUGACGGAGGUCCAGCUUUUAUCAGUGAACAGUUUAAGAUGUUUUGCGUAGAAACCGGGGUAAAGCAUAUUAGCGCCGCCAUAUCAUCCCAGUUCAAAUGGACAGACGGAGAGGAUGGUGUCAAUUGUCAAAAACUGGUUAAGAAAAUCAAAGUAUGGAGGUGGGAAAUUUGGAUAACUGUAUCAUAUUACAACAAUAGUCGAAAGGAAGAAGAACAGUCUCCGGCAGAGAAGUUUUUAGGACGACGAACCAGGAUAUUAUUGGAUUUAUUAAAGCCGAAACUACAUCAAGAGGUGGAAAGGGAGAUAAUGGAGAGACCUUAG